AGAGUAUGCACUGAGCAAAUAAUAUACAGUAGGCAGAAGGCUACAGUAUAUGUUUCUGAUAAUUUAUUUUUAACACAUUAAACCUAAAUAUUUGAUUGCUUUUUUGAAGGUACAGAUUAAGAUCAAGAACAUGUCAUACUUGGCAGGCAUCUGUAAAAUUGAUGGGGGAGGAGGAUCUCGCUUUGAUUUUAAUGGUGUUGGAAAUGGAGCCACACUGAAAAAGAUCUGGGUGUGGCCCGGCGGCUGGCAGAUAAAAGCCAUCAAGGUUUGGCUUAAUGAUGACCAGUCCAAGCAGUUUGGAGAACCUGCAGGGAAGUUUUCAGAAUUUACAUUUGAAGAUGGAGAGCAUUUCACCUCCCUUUCACUUUGGGGAAAUGGAGCUGGAACACGUCUGGGUGCCAUCAAAUUCAGGACAAAUCACUCCCGUGAGUUUUUUCCACAGAUGACAGACUGGGGUCUGAAAACAGAAUAUCCAGUUGAUGUGGGUUCUGGGAUCUGUGUUGGAAUCAAAGGACGUGCCGGUACAGAUGUUGAUUGCUUAGGCUUCAUGUUCAUCAACACCAUCAAGUCUACUAAGCUAACAGAUGUUCGGUAUCCCACACUUCAUGAUGUGAUAUCCAGUGUGGUUUUUGAAGAAAUGAAAUCCAUGACUUUCCAAAAUAAGUCUACACAAACUCAAGAAUCUAAAAUUGAAACCUCCAAAAAAAUUAUCAAAAAGUCCUCCUGGUCUGUUACCAACAAGCUUGAAGAGACAUUCAGCCUGGAUGUGAAGGCAGGAGUUCCCGGGAUUGUGGAAGUAUCAAGUGGAUAUCGCUACACAGAAGGAACUAAGAGCUCUCAAAGUUUAGAGAAUACUGUAGAGACAACUGAACUGUACUCGUUUCAGGUCAAAGUCCCUCCAGGGAAAACCGUGGAUGUGCAUAUCACAAUUGGCCGGGCUACAGUUGAUCUCCCCUACACUGGCACAGUCCAGAUUACCUGCUAUAAUGGCAGUGUGCUGCAGUUUAAAACCAGUGGAAACUACCAAGGGGUCACUUACACUGAUGCAAAAGUAAAUGUGAAUGAAUCCACAAAAAAGCUUGCUGAGGAGCCAGAGGCUGAGAGUGAAUUGAUUUGUGAAACAUUUUAAAUAAUGAAUCAUUAAUUCUGCUUCUUCAGUUUUGAUUACUGGCUUUUCAUAAUGGUGACCAUAAUUAUUCUUUUGUUGCUUUACCUUACCAGUGUACAAGUGAUGCAGACCCAUAGGUUUUGAUUGAUCUGCUUUUUUGAUUUUCUGAAAAUGUUUGUAAUUUUUUUUUAUAUACCUAUUUAUGGUAGUUUACUGCUGUGGAGAUGAAUUUCUGCUUCUUUUCAAAUUUCCAAUGAAUAAAAUACUGUAAUUCACCCUACUUGUUUCAAACACUUUACUGUGUACAAUGUCGUGUUUCAAAGCAUGGUCUCUGUUCAAGAAGGAUCUAUAACACUUCCCAGGCAUGUAGGGGAAAAUAAAAUAAUUUUUAAAAAAAUAAAUUAUAAGUAAAAUAAAAUAUAUAACCAGUUCCUUCAGGAUUAUCUUCAUGUGAUCGCAGAAAAUAACGCGCAAUCAGGCAAAAUCCGCAAUAUUCGGAGGAGCUUGCAAUUUUUCAAAAAUGACCGCAGAUUUGGGUCAAGAUGCGUUAUGUGACAUUUGUUAUCUGGUGUAUUUACUGUCCUGUGAAUUUAUUAU